AUGGAGGACCAAUUCGGGCAUCUCCCUGUUGCCCAGACGCCGCUGAACAAGAAGUUACUCAGAAUAUACUUUGAUGUGCUUUCCCGCUUCAAGGCUUCCCUCACAGGCGAUCCGGACCCCAGCAAUCCGUUCAUCAAGCACUACGCUCCGUUCUGUAUCCAAGAACCUUUGGUCGUGCAAACAAUCAUGUACGCUUCAGCCUGCUACAUCCACGAGACUGGGCACCUGCCCAGGACUGCUCUCAUGGCCAGCAAAGGGCGUGCCAUCCAUAUGCUCAACCAACGCAUUAGUUCCGGGCGGAACUCCGCUGCGGCGAGCAAUACCGGCAACGUUGGGGAAACAAGCGGCACGAACGACGCCGCCAUCGCGAGCGUAAUCCAGCUCGCCGCUGCCGAGUGGUACUGGGGCGAUAACAACGAAGACGUCCAGCACCACUUCAAAGGUCUCCGAGACAUGAUCAGGUUGCGCGGCGGUUUCGACCGUCUCGGGAUGAACGGGAUCUUGGCAAAAAACGCGAUAUGUCACGAUGUCUCCAUAGCCCUCGCACACGAAAACAGCCCACUGUUGCUGCUCCAUCCCCAGGAAGACUGCAGCAAUGGCAGCGGCGGCGGCGACCCAAGGACCCCGUGGACGGCCGACUACGCCUUCGCCGACCCUAUAAAAGACGUGCCCCUUCGCAUGACACACUCCGCGCCCUUCGUCUGCAGCCUGUCAUCUGUGGGAACGCUGCCGAGCUACGCGGAGUGCUCGCAGUCUCUCGGCAUCCACCGGGCGACGGCUUCAAUACUCGACAAUGUGAGGUUCUUGUUUAAGGCGGUGGAGGCGGCGUACGUGGCGACGAACGAGACGACCGAUCCAUCGACCGAAACAGCGACAACGACAUCGACGACAACGACGAGGGCACCGACGAAGGCGGCAUCCAGAAAGGUACAGCUCAUGGGGAGGUACAUUCACGAACACAUUCAAAGCCUGCAUCCUACGAUACCAGGACACCGGCAAUCAUCGCCGGGAGUUUCGACGAGAGGGAAUUCUCCGGGACUCAAUUAUUACGCCGGCGCGGAUGGAGGAUCGACACGGAGCGGGAGCAUUUCGAGUAUAGGCACAGCAGCCGGACCUAGCUCCGGGGGCCCGGGCCGCUCGCCACCGGAGCCGGGGUACGACUCCACCACCACGCCGGAAUGGGCUUCUGCGCCGGACGCUAGCGAUUCUCCGACAAGCCCCAAGUCGACGGCAACGGCGCCUCAUCAUCAUCAUCGCCAGCAGCAGCAACAGCACAACUCGGACUACAUGUACCAGGCUAUCAGAGCGACGGCCAUCGUGUACAGCCGGGCCAUCAUGAACCGAACCCCGCUGAGCGUGGCCUGCACGCAGCACGAAUUCCUGCAGAUAUGGGCAACGGUGUGGCGUGUACCCCUGUCGGCGUGGAACAGCUCAGUGGGCACCUUUCACUGGAUCAUGCUGGCCAUUGCGCCAGCGUGCCACACGACACCGCAUGGGCGUUUUGUCAAGAACAUGCUCAUGGUCAGCACUCUUGCGCUCGGGGUGGAGAACUGGGCGGUGGCUAUAGGCGCUGCGAAGGCCGGUCUCAAGCUGCAGCACUGGCUGAAAGGCCAAGACGCGGAAACGGAGAGCGAGGAGGGUGCGGAGGAGGACGAUGGAGAGGGGCAGGGAGACGGCGGCGGACGAGGAGGAGGGAGGUGGCGCUCCGGGCGCGAAGAGCGGUGA